AUGAGAAUGCUUUUACCAGCUUAUUGCGUCUUCGGAAAUUAUACAUCUAUCGGCUUCGUUGAAGUCCUGCAGAUGUUACAAAUCAUUGUCAACUGUAUUUCGCAUUGCGGACAUGAUGGCUUUUUCUUUGAUCUCACAAUGCAUGUAUGUGGACAGUUCGAAGUUUUCAGGGUGGACUUCUCUGAAAUAAAAAAUAGCAAAGAAUUUUUUGAUCGCAAUAAACUUAGUAUUAUGUUAAAGAGACAUCAUCGCCUAAUAUAUUUAGCUUAUCAUUUGCAAGAAGCAUUCAAUUUGGUCAUCUUAUUUCAACUUUUAAUGAGUGUGAUUUUAUUAUGCGUUGAAGGUUUUCAGUUUAUCCUUACGCUUUCGAUGCACAGUACAUACGCUGCCAUGAAACAUCUCCUUUUCUUGGUUGUUUUAUUGCUGCAACUAUUUCUCUACUGCUUCGCUGGACAAACGUUGGAAUUCCAAUCACAAGAAUUAGCUUCUGCGAUUUAUGACUUACCAUGGUACAAUUUUGAUUUAAACGUCAUGAAGAAUUUACCAUUAAUGAUCCUUCGAUCAACCAAGUCUCAUCAAUUAACUGCAGGAAAGUUCUUAGCAAUAAAUUUUUUAAGCUUUAAGGAAAUUUUGAAGGCUUCUGCUUCAUAUUUAUCUGUAUUAAGGGUAAUGCUAGAAACGUGA